ACGCCGUCGGCGAGCAAUUGGAGCCCCCGCUCUCUCCCUCUCCCUCGUACGCCGUCGCUUUUAACAUUCACUCUUGGGGCACUCCAUGGCGGGACUGCAAAUCCAACUCUCCCGUCUCCAUUCUUCCCAUCCUUCUCCUUCCCUCUCCUUCCGCCCUCUGCUUCGCUCCUCUCGUCUUCUCCUUUGUCCUGCUUCUUUCUCGGGAUCCAGGUUCUCAUUUUCCUGCCUCAGAAAUCGGCUUUCUGUCGUCGUCAUGGCAGCCCCCGUCCAACCGGAUCAACGUUCUCCGGCGCUCCACGACAAUUCUCUUCCUACGAAAGAGGUGUUGGAGAUCUGGCGGGGGGCUGAGGCAGUGUGCUUCGACGUCGACAGCACCGUGUGCCUCGAUGAGGGGAUCGACGAGUUGGCGGAGUUCUGCGGCGCCGGACAAGUCGUCGCGGAGUGGACGAGAAGAGCAAUGGGUGGAUCCGUGCCAUUUGAGGAAGCUCUGGCUGCGAGGCUCAACUUGUUCAAGCCUUCCUUGGCUCAGGUCAAUGAUUUUCUCAUCAAAAAGCCUCCAAGACUUUCCCCAGGCAUUGCUGACUUGAUGAAAAAGUUGAAGGCGGAGAAUAUCAAUGUCUACCUCAUUUCUGGUGGCUUCCGUCAAAUGAUCAAUCCCGUUGCUUCAACUCUUGGUAUUCCACAUGAGAAUAUAUAUGCAAAUGAACUCCUAUUUGGAAGCUCUGGCGAGUUCGUUGGGUUUAACACAGAAGAACCAACAUCAAGAAGUGGAGGGAAAGCUGUUGCUGUUGAGUCCAUAAAGAAGAAGCAUGGGUACAAGCUAUUGGUCAUGAUUGGUGAUGGGGCAACAGACCUUGAGGCCCGUAGGCCAGGUGGUGCGGACCUGUUUAUCUGUUAUGGAGGAGUUCAAUUGCGUGAAAGUGUAGCUGCUAAAGCUGAUUGGCUAGUUUUCAAUUUCCAAGACUUAAUAGAGUCUUUUGGCGUUUGCUGUUAGAGUUAUCCUUUCAUGGUAUAUUGUUCUUGUAUUAUGGCUAAACUUUUUUGUGUACCCCUUCAUUUAAGGGUGUGCUGAUGCUCUUUUCUUUCUUGUUAAUAAUUAUUUGGGACGAGCACCCAAAUUUUUAUGCCA